UCUAUUUUCAUAUUCCUAUUGGUAUUUGUUCUAUUUCAUUGAUUUAAGGGAGGUGCGGCAGUUCCGGAAAUGGACGUACGCAGUGGCAGAGAAUGUUUUAUUUUGAAAGGUGCGAGUGGAAACGCCGUUUUAUUCCUCCUGUGGUGCUUGACACGGAGCCGAGGCGUUGCAGGGAACUGAGGCCGUCAGGCGAGACUGUCCCGGGGCUUCUCACUUCUUAAAUGAAACCCGGACCGGUUUCUAACCAGCGACUGACGGACUUUGUGGUGGGAAACUCGUGUGUGCGGCUUCCGCGGGUGGAGGUCCGCGCGUCCCAUUCGCGCGGCAGCGGUAGCCGGCUCUGCUAGCCCCGCAUUCCUCCCUGAAAUCUCGGCUCAGGAAUCACGCUCCUCCUCGCCGCAUCACCGCCACGCUCACCCGUGACCCCUGCUGGGGGAGCGGGUAUCACCGGGUCUGAUCGCACGAGCGCGUCCGAGUCCGACAGCAUCCUCCAGCCCGCCGGAAUGCUAACUCGCAGCGAGGAAGCGGCUCCACCAUGACUUCCCCCUGGUCCCCGUGUCCGGCUGCAGCACACGCCUCGAUGCUUCAGUGACCGCCCCGAGUCUGCAUCAUGCGUGCGCCCGGUCGAGUCUGCCUCCAGCAGCGGUGGUCCAGAGCGAAGCGCGCCGCCGCCGGCUUCUGUCGAGGGACCAGCUAACGAGCUAAGCGGCUAACGGCACGACAGAAACACCGAUGGUUUCCCACAAGGUCUUGGUGGCCAUCAUCCUGCUGAACGUUUACAUCGGUGCGCGGUCCGCCCUCUACCUGCUCAGCGCGGUGCUGCUGACGCUCUUCUGCGCCAUGGCUUUCCUGAACGGACCGCGGCUGCUGGACUGGGCGAACUCGCCUCCUCACCUGCAGUUCAACAAGUACGUUCUGACCGGGUACCGACCCAUCUCCUCUGUGCAGGACUGCGUCAGGAGCCUCUUCUACCUGCACAACGAGCUGGGAAACAUUUACACGCACGGCAUCCCUCUGCUCUGCUUUCUGGUGCUACUUCCACUCAACAUCCCCUGGUCUCAGAUCAGCGUCACCUGGCUGGGCGUGGUGCACUUCCUGGCCUGUCUGUCGCCGCAGCUGGGCUCGGUGCUGUACCACCUCUUCAUGAACCACGAGGGCGGGGAGCCGGUCUACCACACCCUCCUGAAGCUGGACGUGUGUGGAAUCUGCAUGAUCAACACUCUGGGAGCGCUGCCCAUCCUCUACAGCACGCUGCUCUGCUACCCCUUCAUCCGCACGGCGGCACUACUGGUCUACAUCCUCCUGUCCAGUCACGCCAUCUACUGCGCCGUCACCGCCCGCAGCAGCGUCCGCCGCCUGCGCUCCUUUGCCUGGCAGGCGCUCUUCCGCUUCUCCUUUUUCCUGUUGCGCUGGGUGGGCGUGGGCGGGGGCAGCCCCACCUCGCUGCGCCACUUCCUCACCAUGGACGCGUUGGCCGUGCUGGGCGGGGUCAUCAACAUCGCGCGCAUCCCGGAGCGCUUCCGCCCUGGACUCUUUGACUACUGGUGCAACAGCCACCAGAUCAUGCACGUGCUGGUGGUUGGCUCCAUACUCUACCUGCACUGGGGGGUCCUGGACGACCUGCUGUGGAUCAACAGCUACAACUGUCCGUCAGACUGACCCCUGCACCGUCCUGCCUCCUCCAGCCGUGGGCGGCAGGAUGACAAGACAGUAGACCCCUGAGGUGGCGGGAGGGGUGAUGCUGAGUGGUGAGACUGCAUGUGGUCACCUCAUACACCCCAGUUCAGAAUGUUCAUAUCUCUGGACCCUCACACACACACACACACACGUCAGUGAUGAUCACACUCCGGCGCAGGCUGCAGGAGUUUCCUUCAACCGUCCACAUGUUCUGAUCAGAUCCUAGCUAACAAUGCUUAACAUUUGGAAGCUGUGCCGACAUAUGUUUUUAAACACCAGGUAGCUGUUUAUACACAGAGCAAAUGUUUUUAUCGACUGAGUUGUGGAGCUAUGGAACCCGCCGUAGCAGGAGCGGAACACUACACACUAACGCUCAGGCCUCAGAAAGUGGCUGUUUGAACUUUGCACUUGCGCUCAUAAAUUGCACCACCUGUUGGAGCCAGACGACGGCCUAACGCUCCUCAGCUGUUGCAUAGCAGCACUUCCUGUUUCAGAAGGCAGGGCUGUCCAAGCAUUCGCUGAGUGGAAGCUCCUGCAGUCUGGACUCAAACUUCUCGGUGCUGCCGCACACAUGUCCAUAUCUGUGCUCUCGUCCUGUACUUUGCCGCUGAAAUGACUUGGAUGUUGUGUCACGAGCAGAAGGGCGAGGGCUUCGUGAAUCAGUGUUAUUUCCUCGCACCUGAAGUCACCGUCACUGGAGUCCAGACUUUAAUCUCCAGUUUGCCCAUCUCGUGUUUGUUGCUGUUGCACUUAGUUCUGACUGAAUAUGUGUGCUGCUUUGGCUGGACUUCAACUCCGCUGGACAACUAUUUAUGAUCAUUGUUUUAAUAGUUUACUGUAAAAGGGGUAUUUGAAAGUUUACAGUACAUUUCAAGUUUACUACAACAAGGCUUUUAAAUGUAACAUAAAUGCGCUUUAUAAAAAAAACCUUAGCAAUAUUUUAAGUCAACGUAAAUGAUUAAUGGAAAGUCAGGUAUGUAUUUUCACUUAUUUACUGACAAUUUUGAAUUGUGAAGUUCAAUUUAUUGUGAAAAUUGAGCUAUAAAAAAAUAGGUGUUCAGAUGAUAGAAGUCAAAAUGCUCAGCGAAAUUGGUUCUUCAAAAAGUCGUAAUUAAUGAAUGCUGACGUGCUAAACAUAGUUCUUUUUUCAUUCCUCAAACCAAUGCCAUGGCAACAGCAUGAGGGUGGAUUCACCUUGCAACCGUCGUGUCAGUGAUGUCUCCGUCUUCAGUCGAAGUUAUUUGAUGACACAUAUCCAUUCCCUUUUCCUCUCCACCUCAUUGACACGGUGACUCGGCAUACGAACUGCAGACUUGCACUUUUCCGAGUUGACGUCAGUGCUCGCCCCUCUGCCCUUCUGCUCUCACCGUUGCUGCUUGAUUUGACGCGCUGAUGUUUACUUCUCUUUUGCACUGAUUCGUCAGCACCUCUCCCCCCUGCCCCGGGUGUAAAGGCACCUCUGAAUGGAACCAAUGCAUGACCGUAGCUGUGAGGAGUCGCACUGUUGGACUGUAGUUGUAUCACUCAUUGUUGUCACAUCAGAGGCUUCAAAUCUACUGCACUGUUCUCAAAAGGGCUCUGGAGUUGAUCAUUUGACUUGAAAUAUACACUCAUAUUAGACCGUUUUGUACUUCAAAGAUUAGCCAAAACGAGCGCUGCUGCUUCGUUAUUCAAAAAUAACUUUUCUUACCGUCAGACUGUUAAGAGCCAGACACGUAUUGUGUUUCUAAAAAGAGUUAAAGGUACGAAAAUGCUAUGUUAUUGUGAGAAUUUUAGGGUUCAACAGGAUUUUAAUGUUCAGUUGUUUCAGUAAAACUGCGCUCCAGAAACCCUGCACCGAAAAAAAGACUUUUUAAUGUUAAGAAACUUCAAAAAUAUUUGCUCGAACAGUCAAAAGUAUGAGACGGAGUCAAAGUUAUGGAUUGGUUGGUGCUGAAAAGCUAGGAAAAUAUGAACUUUUUUGAAAAGUUAUGAGUGAGAAGAGAAAAUAUUAGGGGAUUUUUUUUUAUUUUAAAUUAAAAUAUUAAAUGACUUUGAAGGUCAUUUCUAGAAUCUCUGGGACUUGCACUGAAGUGAGGGGACAGCGUUACAACCACCCCUGUCUCCAGUCUCCAAGUCCCAGCUGCAGCUCUUUUCUAGUGCGACUUGUUGCCUCAUGAUGUCAUGACAGUCCAAACGUCCCCCCUCAUGUGAUCUCCAAAUGUCGUUUUUUCCAUGUGACCAUGGAACUGGGGAGCGGCCAUGUUUUACCUUGCGACCCCGCCGGUCUAUCUAUGCAUACUCAGCUGGAAGGAACAGUGUUCUGUCCUCACACACACACACACACACACACACACACACACGGACUCCAACAUCCUGGGUCUCCCACUUCUCAGGGUGCCAUAACGGUAGCUGACGUCCAUCUACCUCCACCUGCUCUGUGAGAAGAGACGGACGGUGGACUUCUCCGAGAACCGUGACGCAACCGCUCUGAGGAUUUUGCCUGUGUGUGAAAAGGACUCUGUGAGACACUAACCUGCUGACGUCAGAACUGAGACUGUACAGAUGAUGGGACGUCCUGUCUGUCCUGCAGGAGCUCUGUGAGCUCUGGCUGGCGUCACUGCCACAUAUCUAUAGUGUGGCGCCAUCUAGUGGAGGUGCAUGUGCGCUGCAGCCAAAUUUCCUUCACUUGUGCUUGAAAUGUGUGCGUGACCUCAGUGGAAGAGCUCCGACACUCGUGGGUUUGUUUCGGGUUGGGGGAGCGACUGCGUCCUCACCGUGCCGUCCUGUGACAGACAGACAGACAGACAGACUCACACUCCUCCAGCAACGAUUGUGCAAUAAACUGAAGUCUAUAUUUUUAAGCAGCGUCUGUUUUCGUUUGUCAAGUGUUGCCAUCAGAGACAGGUGCAGUCAUGUGAUCCAAAAACCGGGUGAGCGAGGAAGUGGAGCGGACCACACAGUUUGCAUGCCUGGCUCAGGAUCAUUCAUGUUUUCACCUGAUGUUUUGCACUGAAGCUUCCGGAAACUGGAGUGUUGGGUCUUCUCAACCUCUCCUUCGUCU